CUGGAUAGAUCGACCCGUGAGAUUGAGCUGGGCCUGGAGUACGGCAUCCCCACCAUGAACCUCGCUGGCCAGAGCCUGAAGUUUGAAAAUGGCCAGUGGGUGGCAGAAUCAGGAAGCUUCACGGGGGAUCGCAGGGAAAUGCAGCGCUUGCGCAAACGGAACCAGCAACUAGAGGAAGAAAAUAACCUCCUUCGCCUGAAAGUGGAUAUUCUGCUGGACAUGCUCUCUGAGACCACAGCUGAGUCCCAUCUGAUGGAGAAGGAGCUGGAGGAACUGAAGAACUGCAGCCGGCGGAGGAAGUGA